AUGAGCCAGCCUCAACUGACAAAACUAUACCACUGCAGGUGGAAUUGGUGUCGCAAGCACUUUACCACUUCUGAUGCGCUGCUGGACCAUGUUGUCGAGGAGCACUUUGCCACUGCUGAGCCUGUGAGAGCGGGGGAUAUCCCUGCUUUAAGGAGGGCGGAAGAGGGCUGGAGUUUUGAGCAAUCAUUCAUGCCUGAUUUUACACCGCCGGACAUGUCAUCUAUCGUCAGUACUGGACCAGAGCCAUCGCCCGCCUCGCCGCUUCCUGCACUCGUACAGUCCGUCCAGCCUACCAUGGUCGCCGCAUCAGCAGCAACAACAAGCCCUACUCAUUCUUCCCCUUCCCGCGACUCUUACUCUAUGGCGACUACAUCCCAUCGCCGGAGGCACCAGCAGCCACAGCUCGUACCGGACGACAGUACCGCGACGAUCCCCCGCCUACCCCCCUCAGGCGAUCCAGUUCCCUUCUCCUCUUUCUCCCCUUAUCGCGCUCAGGCUGCGCUUGCUGCUGUUGCAGGUGCUGAAGCGCGUAUAGGGGAAAGGAUGGAGAUCGAUGAUGAUCCCUCGGUUGGGGGGGCUGGCGUUGAGAGUGUUGAGGUUGAGGGGCCGGAGGCGAACGUUAGUGGAGAACUGGGGGAGAUGGAGCAGUAUGUCCGGCUUAGCUCGCCGGAGGCAGACAAUGAGCCUAGUGUUGAGCUCGAGCAUUCCAACAUGAUAGGCUCCAACGUGGUAGGCCAGGCUGCCGCCGCCUCUCAGUCGUUCCGAGAAGCUGGACCAUCCGAACCAGCACACGAACACCUCCCAACUCCACCACCCGACGUUCCGCCCAGCACCCAGUUCACCCUAUCCCAAGUCUCGCCGGACCUCGUCCUCUCCACCCAAGUCCCUACCUCGACCCUCCCCUCCGAACAGCGCAAUCUGCAAGAACAAGCCGACGCCGAAGCGCUCGACGCAUCGUUCGACCUCCCAAAUCUGGCACCGCCCACACCGAGCUAUACACGCCAGCGCCAGUUUGAGAAGGCAUUGGGAUUUUCCUCACCUGUAGAAACGCGGUCCCAGCCGUUUGUGCAUACCCAAGUACCACCAGCGUCUAUUCCCUCGUUCUCUUCCCAGCCCAAUCCCCCAAGCUCUCCACCCUUCUCCCAGCCUUCCAACCUCCCACCUUUCUCCCAACCCCCUCUCGAACCUCUAACCGAACCACAACCGGAACAGACCGCACAUUCUCAGGACACUAACAGUACCGAGAGUGUCGAAGAGAUCGACCCCGAGGAAAGCCAGGACGACAUCCGCCCCGUAGUGCGUGCCCAAACACAGAUGCUAUUCAGCGCCGUAGCGGACUUCUUAGGCUCUGCACCAUCCAGUGCCCUAGCUGUUCCGGCUCCAGGUGCAGGGGAGGACGCUCCGCCUGGGGAAGGGACGGGGGUCGUAGAUCCCGAAGCUCCGAAAGAAGAACCGUUUUCUCAGCUCGGGUUUGCUCAAGCAGGAAGGGGAAUAGGAGCGCGUACCCCGCCUUCCCGGGCUGAGUCACCCCCCCAACAAGCUCAAAGCCUCGGAUCCCCCGCUCCUACCCCUGUAUCACCUGCUAGAACACCAGGCUUGAUGGUGAGGAUCAUGCAGGGUCUUACGAGCACUUUAGCCAGAUCGUCGCAGUCGCAGUCGCUAGCACAGUCACAGGCCCCUCAAUCGCAACCACAAUCACAGUCCCAAUCACAGUCCCAACCACAGUCGCACACCCAGCCAACGGCGUCACAGCACACCCAGCUCAGCCCCGGGCCCGAACACUCCCAGCCGCUUAUGACCCAGGUACAGCCUGGGCUUUGGGCAACUCAGGAAGUUGCGGAGGAGGGGGAGGAUGAGCAGAUGGACUGA